CCCGUCGGUAAUGUCGGACAGGCGCGUGACGUCAUCACGCAGGACGCAGCGCCGCGCACUGAACCGGAAGUGACAGUGAUUUCCUUAAUUGUUGUGGUCACUCAUUAAAGCUGUUAAUUGCUGAGCAUCAUGUCCAGUAAAGAGGUGUCCAGCAGUCACCCUGCUCAGUAUGUGGGGCCGUACCGCCUGGAGAAGACCCUGGGGAAAGGACAGACAGGUUUGGUGAAGCUGGGUGUCCACUGUAUCACAGGACAGAAAGUGGCUAUAAAGAUCGUAAACAGAGAGAAACUCUCAGAGUCUGUCCUCAUGAAGGUGGAGAGAGAGAUCGCCAUUCUGAAGCUAAUUGAACACCCGCACGUCCUCAAACUGCACGAUGUGUAUGAGAAUAACAAAUACUUGUAUUUGGUGUUGGAACACGUGUCAGGAGGCGAGCUGUUUGAUUAUUUGGUGAAAAAAGGUCGACUGACUCCUAAAGAGGCGCGGAAGUUUUUCAGACAGAUCAUCUCAGCGCUGGACUUCUGUCACAGUCACUCUAUAUGUCACAGAGACCUGAAGCCAGAGAACCUGCUGCUGGAUGAGAAGAACAAUAUCAGGGUAGCUGACUUCGGCAUGGCUUCUCUACAGGUGGGGGACAGUCUGCUGGAGACGAGCUGUGGAUCUCCUCAUUACGCGUGUCCUGAAGUCAUUAGGGGGGAGAAGUAUGAUGGUCGUAGGGCAGAUGUAUGGAGCUGUGGUGUUAUCCUCUUUGCUCUGCUAGUGGGGGCGUUGCCCUUUGACCACGAUAACCUGCGGCAGCUGCUGGAGAAGGUGAAGAGCGGAGUGUUCCACAUGCCUCACUUCAUCCCCCCGGAGUGUCAGGCUCUGCUGAGGGGCAUGAUCGAGGUCAACCCCGAGAAACGCCUUACGCUGGAAGCAAUACAGAAACACCCGUGGUACCUCGGGGGUCGUAAUGAGCCGUGUCCGGAGCAGCCUCCUCCCAGGCGAGUGUGUGUGAAGAGGAUCAUGUCUCUGACGGAGUUGGACCCUGAUGUGUUGGACAGUAUGCACUCUCUGGGCUGCUUCAGGGACCGAGUCAAACUCACCAGAGACCUGCAGUGUGAAGAAGAAAACCAGGAGAAGAUGAUCUACUACCUGCUGCUGGACAGGAAGGAGCGCUACCCCAGUUACGAGGAUGAAGAUCUUCCACCCAGGAACGAUAUCGAUCCUCCCCGUAAACGUGUGGACUCUCCCAUGCUGACCCGUCAUGGCCGCUGCCGGCCGGAGAGGAAGAGCCUGGAGGUGCUGAGUGUGACGGAUCAGGGCUCCCCGACCCCGCCCCGCCGAGCCCUCGACACCUCCGCACACAGCCAGAGAUCUCGCUCAGUGAGCGGAGCCUCGACCGGUCUGUCCUCCAGCCCCCUGAGCAGCCCGAGAAGUCCGGUUUUCACGUUCAGCCAAUCCGAGGUCGCCUCCGCCACCCAAGCCAAAGAUCCCAAAGCGGGAAGCGGCCACACCCCUCGGGCAGCCCAGCGCGUGCCUGACCCAAAAACCCAGACGCUUCCAUCCAAGGCGGCGACCGAGCGGCCGCAUCUGCAGUCUAUGAAGUCUCUCCCCCUGCAGACGCCGCCCUCCCCCUCCCCUUCUCCGUCUCCACUCCUCUCCCCCAUCCCUCGUUUCUUCUUCUUCCCCGCUCCCUCCGUCCUGAAGUCUGUCACUAAGUCCAUCUAUCCUAACUCUGCCCAUGUGUCGCAGGUCACGCCCCAGGAUUCCCCGCUUCCCACCCCCCUUGGAACCCCUCAGCACCCCCCUCCCACCCCACCGUCCUCCUCUUCCUCCUCCUCCUCCUCGCGGGCUGAAGGGGGCGGGGCUGGCAGCAGUGCAGGGGGCGGCUCCCUGUCCCUCACUCCCCCCUCCAGCCCCGGCGCAGGUGGUGGAAUGGCUGCUAGUAGCUCCGCCCACUGGAGGAGUCGUCUCAACUCGUUCAAGAACAACCUGCUGGGCUCACCACGCUUCCACCGCCGCAAGCUGCAGGUUCCUACAUCAGAGGACAUGUCCAGCCUAACCCCGGAGUCGAGCCCAGAGUUGGCUAAGAAGUCUUGGUUUGGGAACUUCAUCAGUCUGGAAAAAGAGGAGCAGAUUUUUGUCGUGAUCCGAGACAAACCUCUGAGCUCUAUCAAGGCUGACAUCGUCCACGCCUUUCUAUCAAUCCCGUCGCUGAGCCACAGUGUAAUCUCCCAAACGAGUUUCCGUGCAGAGUACAAAACCUCCGGUGGUUCCUCCGUCUUCCAGAAGCCCAUUAAAUUCCAGGUGGACAUCACCUUCUCCGAGGCAGAGCGGGAACGAGAGCGGGAGAGAGAGGGAAAAAGGGAGACUGGAAUCUAUAGCGUCACCUUUACCCUCAUCUCAGGUCCUAGUCGCAGGUUUAAGAGAGUGGUGGAGACGAUUCAGGCUCAGCUGCUCAGUACUCAUGACCAGCCGUCUGUGCAGGCCCUCGCCGAUGAGAAGAACGGGAUCUCCUCUCAUCCCCCUGGCACUCCCACUCGCCAGAACUCACGCCGCUCUGAAGGGGGCGGAGAACGCAGCGAGAGGGCGGAGCGUGCAGACGGUGCAGGUACAGGCGGCAGUGGUAGCGUCAUCCAGCGCAAGGGGUCGGGUAAGGACAAGACCCGCCUCCUGUCGUCCAACGGAACCCAGUCUCAGCCUUGAGAGAACUCUCCGGAAACACAGAUAUGGAGCUUUGACUCUGUUCUCCCCCACCCCUCACCCAGAAAAUCCCACAAUCCCCCAGUCACAGACCCCGACUCAUCGGUAAAACCUGUAGCUCCAGCGCAGCUGGGAGAAAACUAGGAGCAUAUUGAAGAGGAAACGGAUGUUCUUACUCACCGACACCACGAAUCACCUGCAAACCUGAGAAGCGCUCAAAGAGCCGGAAAUAUGAUGUCACUCACCUCGAGCGUGCAGAGGAUCUCAAAUCCGAACAGACUUGAAGUUAACAUUAAAUAAUUUACACUGAACAUCUCAAGCCUAAGCUAUACCACGUACAGAUUAGUUACUGAUCACCUGGACGGAGGUGGGGAAGGUGCGAUUGUCUCGUUUUCAUCAUCAUCACCUCAUCAUCACUAUCAUCAAAGAAAACUCCUUUUCCAAACACACAGAAAUGUCCCUGAUGUCGACUGGCUUCCUGAAGACUCGAUAUUAACGAAACUAAGAGACUGAUCCGGAUUUGUGUGCUCCAGGAACACGUGGAGGAAAUGUGGAUUGGUGCGCAGACAGAACCGAGUCUCGCGCCAAAUUACUUUUCGAGCGAGAGAACAAGGCGGACGUCACGGUUGGGCCUGAGCGACGUUUCUGUAUCUUCAAAAGAAAAGUGUAGAUGAUAAAAGUGAAGCAUAUGUAGAGGAUUUGCUCUGUGAAAGCAAGUCAAACCGCAACACAGCCUCCGAGCACAGGCACGGUUUAAUCAGCUGAUAUUUAAUCGUCCUUUUAUCCCUCCAUAAUCACACAGGACGAGGAGACGACCAGCUCAGAGUCCAAAACAACAACAGACUAAAAUCUGCCAACAUCAGCGUGAACAAAUCCAAUCCAGUGAAUGUCAAAGAUGAACAAACAAAAAAAGCUAUUUUAAAAGUAUUUAUUUAAUUUAAGAUUUGAGUGCAUUUAUUUUAAAUGUGUUAUUUAUUUAUUUAUUUAUUUAUUUAUUUAAAUGGGUGCUGUAGAGUCGGCAGGCGUUUCAGAAGUGAACAAAUGAAGCAUAAGACGGAAAAUUGUCUCGUUCGUUUUGUUUCCAGACAUUAAAAUGAUGCUGCAAAAGUUUUACCUUUAAGCUGCAAUUUCAGUUCUGUUUGUGUUUCUGUUCUACUUUCUCAUUUCACUUCAUUUAUUUAAGGAAAAAUAAAAAAACAAUGGCGACAAGUGAAGAAGAGAAAAAGGACUUGGAGAAGAAUUUCACACCUCAGAUAUUCCUGGCAGUAAAUAUUUGGAAAAAUCACGAAGAAAUAAAAAGUUUAUAAACUGAACUGACUCUCGAAGAGGAGGAGGAAGAGGAGGAAGAGGAAAAUGAGGAGAAGUGAAGCUCUGGCUUCUUCAGCAUCAUUGAGAAUGUUAACCACAAAAACCCAAAGCAAACACUCUGAGAGACAGAUCCAUGUACUGAAUGUGAGCAGUAUUCAUACACACACACACACACACACACACACACACUCUUGCUCUCGCUCUCUCUCUCUUUAAGCCCCUCCCCCUCUGAUAGAUCUACACCUGAGUAAUAAAAAAUAACGGUUUAGGGUUUCAUUCCUACUGCACACCCCAGUAACACAAUAUACACCAGUUUAUCAUCGUUCCUCUGUUUAUCUCCAAUAAAAACAUGAAAAAUAAAAUAUCUUCCUCCUAAAUCUGGACGAUAGCAAUACUGUCACGGCUACAGUUGUGUUUUAUAGCCACGUAAAAGGACUCGAAAGGUUCAGGAAUGAAGUUGUGAGGUUUUGAGGAGGAAAGUUGAAACGUCUACUGCUACGAGAAUAAAGUCUUAAUUUUAUGAGAAUGAAGUCCUUUAAAUAAAAAAUAAGAUCAUAAUGUUAGAACAAUAAAGUCACAAUGUUAGAAUGUUAAAUUUCAUUUCAGAUAAAUACUGAAAUUUCUGCUUCAACUGAAGAGGCAGAUCUGAAAACUUUGUGUUUUUUUUUCUAAAAUAAACUCGCAGUAACUUUUCCCACACGGUGGAUUCAGCUUCCUGAUAAACGGAGUGUCACAGUGCUCACACGCCGGAGGUUUGUCACUAAAUCCACACGAUGACGUUUCCUGUUCACACGUUUACUCACAAUUCUCCCAAUAUUCCGCAACUUUAUUCUAAGAAAUGACAACACAAGUCCUUGCAGUAGACCGGACGACUGAAUUCCUUGAAAUCGAUUCCAACUUUAUCCCAAAAUCCUGUUUUUAUUUUGUUAAACUGUGGCUCUGUAGCAGCGUCACACAAUAAAACACACUGUCACAAAGAGAGACUUGUGAAGAGCACAAAGCUGACGUGGUCCUGCACAGUGACGUGAGGAAUAAAGGCGAGGCGACGGAGCUGACCUGCUGACGGACAGAAGGACGGAAGGACAGAGUGAAGGACAGAGUGAAGGACAGAGUGAAGGACAGAGUGAAGGACAGGAUCCUGUGUGGAGUUAAUGAGUUACUGAACACUCGAAAUGCCUUAAUCACGAGCUGUCCAUGUAGAACACCGACCCGGAUUCUGAGAGCUUCUACACACACACACACACACACACACACACACACACACACACACACACACUGCAACCUGCACAAAUCAUGCAUCUGAUCAGAGAGGAGGUUACCUCGAGUUUGUGUGUGUGUGUGUGUGUGUGUGUGUAUACGGAGAGGAGAGAGGCGCAGGUGUUGUGAAUACUCGGCCAUGAGUGAAUGUGAAACCAAAUUAUACACACGUCUAUCACACCUCCAUCAUCAGCUCUGAAUGUCCCUCUGCUGUCCUCGCCGUACGCCUGCGUCCUCACUGUCAUCAGCUCUGAAUGUCCCUCUGCUGUCCUCGCCGUACGCCUGCGUCCUCACUGUCAUCAGCUCUGAAUGUCCCUCUGCUGUCCUCGCCGUACGCCUGCGUCCUCACUGUCAUCAGCUCUGAAUGUCCCUCUGCCGUCCUCUCCGUACGCCUGCGUCCUCACUGUCAUCAGCUCUGAAUGUCCCUCUGCCGUCCUCUCCGUACGCCUGCGUCCUCACUGUCAUCAGCUCUGAAUGUCCCUCUGCCGUCCUCUCCGUACGCCUGCGUCCUCACUGUCAUCAGCUCUGAAUGUCCCUCUGCCGUCCUCUCCGUACGCCUGCGUCCUCACUGUCAUCAGCUCUGAAUGUCCCUCUGCCGUCCUCGCCGUACGCCUGCGUCCUCACUGUCAUCAGCUCUGAAUGUCCCUCUGCUGUCCUCUCCGUACGCCUGCGUCCUCACUGUCAUCAGCUCUGAAUGUCCCUCUGCUGUCCUCGCCGUACGCCUGCGUCCUCACUGUCAUCAGCUCUGAAUGUCCCUCUGCUGUCCUCUCCGUACGCCUGCGUCCUCACUGUCAUCAGCUCUGAAUGUCCCUCUGCUGUCCUCUCCGUACGCCUGCGUCCUCACUGUCAUCAGCUCUGAAUGUCCCUCUGCCGUCCUCGCCGUACGCCUGCGUCCUCACUGUCAUCAGCUCUGAAUGUCCCUCUGCUGUCCUCUCCGUACGCCACUCCGUCUUCUCACACAUGCACACAAUUCAGUUCUCACAAUCGUCUCCUUCACACGUGUAUCACCAUUUAUAUACCUCAUGUAUGUAUCUUUCUCAUUAUUAUACUUUUUCCUUUUUAUAUCAUAAUCCUCCCUGCCUGCCCCCCCACACCCCAAUUACCCCCCCACCCCCCCUCACCCCC